GAACAAAACGCAAAUAAUGUACGCUACAAGAGGAGAGGACGAAACUAAAAUAAGAAAGAUGAUGAUGAUGAAGUGCUGAACUGUGUGUAAACUGAGAACCGUGUGGCUCGUCGCCGUUCAAUAUAUAUAUAAACACACACAUACAUACACAUAUAUAUCGUCUCACCACCAUCAUCACCAUGAAUGUAGGGCUAAGUAAUUUGCUCAUCCCCAUGCCCAUUUUCUCUCUCUCUAAAACAUCGUCUUCACCCUCAUCCAUCUGCCCUAAUUCCUCCGCCCGUUGCAGAAACCCUCGCCGCUCGCCUCCUCCUCGAUCCCUCAUCAUCGAGACCGUCCAAGGCCAGUCUUCGGAGGAAGCUCUUCCGGAAUCGGUCACUCGUCGUUUGAUCCUGCUCCGUCAUGCCAAGAGUUCAUGGGAAGAUCGUUCGUUGCGAGACCAUGAACGCCCUCUGAGCAAAGCUGGAAAAGCAGAUGCUGUUAAAGUUUCUCACAAGCUCCAAGAGUUGGGUUGGAUUCCUGAGCUUAUUUUAUCUAGUGAUGCAAAGCGAACAAGAGAAACACUUAAAAUUAUGCAGGAGCAAGUGCAGGGAUUUUCAGAAGCUGAGGUGCAUUUCAUUCCAAGCUUUUAUUCCAUUGCAGCAAUGGAUGGGCAGACAGCUGAACACCUUCAACAGGCUAUCCGUAAAAAUUCAAGGGAUGAGAUACUUACAGUUAUGUGUAUGGGUCACAAUAGGGGAUGGGAGGAAGCGGCCUCAAUGCUUUCGGGUGUCUCUAUAGAACUGAAGACUUCCAAUGCUGCUUUGCUUGAAGCUACGGGGAAAUCAUGGGAAGAGGCAUUUUCCUUGGCAGGACUUGGCGGGUGGAAGCUCCAGGGCCUAGUGAAGCCAAACACUAGUCUAUAGAACUUCAUUCAGUUAAUUUGAGUACUAACCCUACCAUUAUCCGUAACAAUCCUCCCCACAUCCGUCUUCACCCAGUCUACCAUUUGGUUGGCAUCUACAUUUAGCAUUACUUGCUUGUUAUUUACCCUUUCUCCGUGCUCCCGUAAAGCCAUGCAAUUACCAAGGGUAAUCCCGGAGUUGUAAAUUAAUGAAGAGUGAAAGUUUAAAGCCUUGUCAUUUGAGAUGCAUCCAUAUCUACUAGUGAUAAUAGGGUGCAAACCGAAGAUUUGGCUUGUAAAAGUUAAAAGCUGUAUGCAGGGAUGAAUCUAGAACUUUUACUAUAGGGAAGCCUUACAAAAUAUGCCUACGAGUCGCGUGUAAACAUGAAUGGUGCAGGUGAUAAUUUAUGAUUGUUGACUGGCAAAUUUGUGAAGUUGCCGAAGGAUCAGAUAUGGGGGAGCAGUGCAUUUUUGGGAGCUAUUGCAUUGGUAUAGAGGGCUCUCAUUGCUUUUUAAUUAUGAAACUGCUUUAUGUUAUCUGAUUUUGGUGUUGCUGGAUAAUGUUCUGCACACUUUCAGUGUCAGCAGAAGAAGCUUUUGUAGUACAAUUGAAGAACCCAGAAAGAUUCUGUUUCAUUUGUUCAAUGUCAUGAUUUGGAAGAGAGAUCACUUCCUCCUCCACUUAUAUUAUUUUGUCUUGCACUUUGUCACCAA